GCCUGUUAUUGUUUUCGUUUUUUGUGGCGUGAUAAGAAAACAGAUUUUUUAAAUUUAAUGGAUAAUUCACCAGAAGAACAAUAGAAAAGAUGAGGAGCAACUAUAAGCAACUGGAGGACAAUGUCCAGGGGCGGAUCAUAAAUGAGUUGUCCACCCAAGGACAACGGAAAUCGGGCCUGCGAACUUUGAUCUGCUGGAGUGUUUUAUUGUCGCUUUUGUUGUGCCUUUCCUUGGGUUUCAUUUGCCUUGGAUUACUGGGUCUCCAGUCUCAAAGAUUUGUGCAAGUGGGCCAGCGAUUGGUGUGCUAUUAUGCCAGCGAUGGAUCACACAGUCUCAGCCUGCUGGAUAUUCCCGGCGAUCUGUGCACCCACAUCAAUAUCGGGCCCGCCAGCUUGGACAAUGCCACCAUAGUUCUGCCUGAUUCCCUGAUCCAGGUGCUGCAGAACGACAGCCGAUCCUUUCGUGCUGCCCAUCCGCAGGUGCACCUGCUCCUGUGGAUCGGAGGAGCCGACAGCGGUGUGCAAUUCGCCCACAUGGUGGCGAAUCAUGCGAUGCGAAAGGUGUUCCUGCGUUCCCUCCGGGAAGUACUGCGCACCUAUCCCAGCUUGGAUGGCAUCGAUCUGGACUGGGAGUUCCCGAGUGCCUACGACCGUGAGCGAAUGCAUCUCUCCCAGUUGCUCUACGAGAUCAGGACGGAGUGGCAGCGCGAGAAGCGGUCCAACAAUAUACUCUCGCUGGCGGUGGCUGCUCCCGAGGGAAUCGCCCUCUAUGCCUACGACAUCAGGGAGCUGAAUCUGUACGCAGACCAUGUCAACCUGAUGGCCUACGAUUUCCACUUUUACCGCGGGGACACGCCAUUUACGGGCUUGAACGCCCCGCUCUACGCUCGUGCCCAGGAACGUUCCCUGAUGGCCACGUUUAACAUCAACUACACGGUUCAAUGGUGGCUUAAAAGCGGUCUGGAGCCUCAGCGACUGGUGGUGGGUCUGCCCACCUACGGACACUCUUUCACCUUGGUGAAUCCCUUAAAUCAAAGGAUAGGAGCGCCAGCCUCGGGUUUUGGCAAAUGUGGCCAACUUGGGUUCACCACACUGUCGGAAACCUGCGAGUGUGCCUCCAAAUACUUAAAACCCAAUUUCCACUACGAUGCCGAGACUUGUUCGCCCUACUUGGGCGCCCUGCAAGAGUGGAUAUCUUAUGAAAACCAAACGAGCAUUGCCUGCAAGGCGAACUAUGUCAAGUCCCUCAAUCUCGGUGGCGUCAUGGUCUUCUCCCUGAACACCGAUGACCUCAAAAAUGCGUGCGGCUAUUUGCCAAACUCAAAAUACAACGAGAAACCAGUAUUUCCUCUAACCCAGGCCAUUAAAGAAAUUCUAAGGGAAUCACUGUGAUUAUUCUGUAUUAAAUGAUAUUUUAUUUGUUUAGUAAAAGGCUGUUGGCCUGACGAUAGCUUUAUAUACUUAAGUAUACCUUAAUUUAUCACAAUCGAUUGAUUUAUAAAUUAAUUAGAAAAUGUCAACAUUGGCGAAGCUUUUUGAAAAAUGGGGAUGUGGAUUUCCUUUAGUAUAAGCCUUUAUAAAAAUUACCUAAUAUUACUAGAAAUAUACAUGGCGUUUACAAAUUGGCUUGUGCUUUAUUUAUUGAUAAUAAUCUCUAUUAGAAUAUUAAACAGAAAAACGAGGUGUCUUAAAACAUUUUAUCAAUUCAGACUUUAAUAAAAAUAUAAGCAACUUG